GCGCGUGCGCAGACGCGGCCGGGGCGCCGGGGCGGUGGGGGACGCCUGGAGAGCGCAUGGGCAGACAGACUGUACGUCCGUUUGUCCGGAGCGGAGGGGAGAGUGGGCGCCAUCUUCUUCUAGGCUCUCUGAGGGCUCCACCUGUGCCGGGCAGGCUGCUGCGACGAGGAGCGCCCCCCGCGCCCGGCCGCGUGCGUCCGACCCGGCAGCCGCGGUGUGUGUUUACUGCCGAGCGCGGAGCAGUUCCCCUCGGGGCGUCGGGCUGGGGAGGGGCUGGCGCCGGGACGGAAGCUCCGGGAAAGGCGGGGCCGGCGCCGCGCCAGGAGCUGGCGUAGCCUCUGCCGUUAGGGCACCUCGUUCCCUGCCGAACCCCGGCUCCCGGCAGCCUCCGUGUGGCGGGGAGGGCGCGCUUCCCAGCGUAACUGCGAGCGAAGCUCGCCGAAGGAUGUCCUAGGUAAUUUUUUAUUCUUUGCUGUGUCAUCGUAGUCAGUGGUGGCGGAGGAGCGCUGGAGGCCCGGCGCCGUUGGCGUGAGAGCGGCCAGUGCUGGAGCGAGGAGCGGGGCGGUCCACGCCGGGCGAGUUAAGUUGCUUUUACAGAAUUAACAGGUCUCCAAGAAAUUAUAAAAAGGUCAUUAUUGCUGUGGUUUGAGCUCAGCAUGGCUGUAGUCAUCCGUUUACUGGGGCUUCCUUUUAUUGCGGGGCCUGUGGAUAUUCGUCACUUCUUCACGGGAUUGACUAUUCCUGAUGGAGGAGUGCAUAUAAUUGGAGGGGAAAUUGGGGAGGCUUUUAUUAUUUUUGCAACAGAUGAAGAUGCAAGACGUGCCAUAAGUCGUUCAGGAGGGUUUAUCAAGGAUUCAUCUGUAGAGCUCUUUCUUAGUAGUAAGGCAGAAAUGCAGAAGACUAUAGAAAUGAGAAGAACCGAUCGCAUAGGAAGAGAGCGACCGGGAUCCGGGGCGUCAGGGGCUGGCAGCUUAUCUAACUUUGUCGAGGCUAUUAAAGAAGAAGCAAGUAAUUCUGGAUAUGGCUCUCCAAUUAAUCAAGAUGCUGGGUUUCAUACUAACGGUACAGGACAUGGUGAUUUAAGGCCAAGAAAGACACGGCCAUUGAAGGCAGAGAAUCCUUACCUGUUUCUGCGAGGUUUGCCUUACUUAGUAAAUGAAGAUGAUGUACGUGUCUUUUUCUCUGGUUUGUGUGUGGAUGGCGUAAUUUUCUUAAAACAUCAUGAUGGCCGAAAUAAUGGUGAUGCCAUAGUAAAAUUUGCUUCAUGUAUUGAUGCUUCAGGUGGUCUUAAAUGUCAUAGAAGUUUUAUGGGUUCAAGAUUCAUAGAAGUAAUGCAAGGCUCAGAACAACAGUGGAUUGAGUUUGGUGGUAAUGCAGUUAAGGAGGUUGACAUUCCUAUGAGAACUGAAGAACAUUCUCCGCCAAGAGGAAUUAAUGAUCGGCAUUUUCGAAAACGAUCUCAUUCAAAAUCUCCCAGAAGAACACGUUCUCGUUCUCCUCUUGGAUUUUAUGUUCACUUAAAAAAUCUGUCCCUAAGUAUUAACAAGAGAGAUUUAAGAAAUUUCUUUAGAGAUACUGAUCUGACUAAUGAACAGAUUAGGUUUUUAUAUAAGGAUGAGAGAAGAACGAGAUACGCCUUUGUGAUGUUCAAAACUCUGAAAGAUUAUAACAGCGCUUUGGGUUUACAUAAGACUGUUUUACAAUAUCGUCCAGUUCAUAUUGAUCCUGUUUCUAGAAAACAGAUGCUGAAGUUCAUUGAAUGUUACGAAAAGAAAAGACCAGUGUCUGUAGAGAAAGAGAGGCUUGGACAUGUUUCACAGAAAUACUCUCAAGAAGGCUAUCCCGGCCAGAAACUGUGUAUAUACAUAAGAAAUUUUCCUUUUGAUGUUACAAAAGUUGAAGUGCAAAAGUUCUUUGCAGACUUUUCUCUUGGAGAGGAUGAUAUUUACUUACUUUAUGAUGACAAAGGAGUCGGUCUGGGAGAAGCAUUGGUGAAAUUCAAAACCGAAGAACAGGCCGUGAAAGCUGAGCGUUUAAACCGGCGGAGAUUCUUGGGGACAGAGGUAUUGUUAAGACUGAUAUCUGAGGCACAGAUGCAGGAGUUUGGCGUAAGCUUUUCCUUGAUGUCCACGGAGAGAAUGCAAGGCCAUUCGCAGUCCUGUGACAGAGACGACCAUGCCCAUUCAUUUGACUCCAGUGACCCGCCUCUAUACUCCGCCGGCCCCUCCGAGAACUUCAGGCACCAGCAAGAGGACUUGAGGCAGCUGGACAGUUUCAAGCAAACCCAGGCGGACUUCCGGCAGCUUGACCGGAGCCUUCCGGAAGACUUCAGGCAUUCCCCAGAGGACUUCAGGCGCUCUCCCGAAGACUUCAGGCGCCCUCGGGAGGAGCACUUCCGGCGGCCGCUCGAGGAGGAUUUCAGGCGCCCUUGGGAGGAGGGCUUCCGGUACCCUAGAGAGGAGGACUUCCGGUACCCUAGAGAGGAGGACUGGAGGCGGCCCCCCGAGGAGGAUUUCAGACGGCCUCCCAAGGACGACUUCAGGCGACCCCCCGAGGAGGACUGGAGGCGGCUCCCCGAGGGAGACUUUAGGCGGCCACCUGAGGAGGACUGGAGGCGGCCUCCUGAGGACGACUUCAGGCGGCUUCCCCAGGGGGAAUGGAGACGACCACCCGAGGAGGACUUCCGGCGGCCUCCCGAGGAGGACUUCCGGCGACUCCCCGAGGAGGACUUCCGGCGACUCCCCGAGGAGGACUUCCGGCGACCUCCCGAGGAGGACUUCCGGCGUUCUCCCGAGGAGGAUUUCCGGCGUUCUCCCGAGGAGGACUUCAGGAGACCACCCCCGGAACACUUCAGGCGGCCGCCCCCGGAGCACCUUAGGCGGCCGCCCCCGGAGCAUUUCAGGCGGCCGCCCCCGGAGCAUUUCAGGCGGCCGCCCCCGGAGCACUUCCGCCGGCCGCCCCAGGAGCACUUCCGCCGGCCGCCCCAGGAACACUUCCGGCGGCCGCCGCAGGAGCAUUUCCGGCGUCCCCGCGAGGAGGAGUUCAGGCGCCCGCCGGAUGAAGAUUUCCGAGGCCCUCCUGACGAAGACUUUCGGCAGCCUGCCGAGGAGGACUUCCGGAGCCCGCAGGAGGAAGACUUCCGGGGCCCCUCUGACGAGGACUUCAGGCGGCUCCCGGAAGAAGACCCCAGGGAACCCCCGGAGGAGGACCCGAGACUUCCUGACCCGUUCCGGCCUCCCGGUGAGGAGUUCCGGAGUCCACCCGAUGACUUCAGAAGCCAUCGCCCUUUUGUGAAUUUUGGUCGCCCAGAAGGUGGCAAGUUUGAUUUUGGAAAGCGCAGUUUGGGAAGUUUCCCCGAGGGGAGAUUUAUGCCUGACCCCAAAUUAAAUUGUAGUUCAGGCAGAGUGACACCUAUUAAGAUAAUGAAUCUCCCAUUUAAAGCUAAUGUUAAUGAAAUCCUAGACUUUUUUCAUGGUUACAGAAUCCUGCCGGAUUCCGUUUCGAUACAGUAUAACGAGCAAGGAUUACCUACAGGGGAGGCCAUUGUCGCCAUGAUAAACUAUAACGAAGCCAUGGCUGCUAUCAAAGAUCUCAACGACCGGCCGGUGGGCCCGCGCAAGGUUAAGCUAACGCUGCUCUAGGGAGCAUUGCUGAGUUCACGUCCCUCCCCGCAGUGUUGAUGCAGUAAAAUGCAUUUGUUGGUUUUUUUUUUUUUUUUUAAGUGUUUAUUUUUAAUGAUCUGAUGAAAAGCAUUUUAAUUACGACUUGUGAAUAGAACAAAUGUAAAUAUUAGAAUGUGAAUCUGGUUUUCUUUUGCUUGCAAAUUGCCAUUCGCUUUUUUCUAACUUAAAAUUAUAUAUGCCCCUUUCCUGGACAGUGGGGGAGAAAAUUCCCCGAGCGUGUUCAUUUUUGUGGAUGUCAUGGGUAAACCUCCAGACUUGUAUAGCAGAGCUGUACUGGGGGAAGAGGAGUUUUAUAUUCCCUUUGUUUCCAGUCUGUAGUCUACAUCUUCUACUGUAUAAGGAAAUGGUCAGUGACUCAUUGUUCAGGUUUAGCAUUUUUAUUGCUAGCUGCCUGCGGAACUAAUGCCCUCUUCUUUGUCUGAGAUAUUACUGUGUUAAGCCUCCCAUUAAUUAUACAUAGCUCAAAAUGGACAGACUGUGAAUUUCAAGUUUACUUAUGUAAAAAAGCUUAGGAGAUUCUUGAAGUUUCCAUGCUCAUAACUUUGGAAAGUUUCAUAAAAAUAAUAAUAAUAAAAAAAUGCAACUGGAUAGACCAACCAGUUAACUUUACUUGUAUUUGUGUGAGAAGAAAAAAGAAUUAUAGCUUCUUCUGUGAAGUUUUCAACAGCUACCUUAGACAGUAUUUAUGACUGCAUCGGCCAAACAGCCUACUAUAAUAGCAUAGAGUGCUACGUGUAGUUCUGUGGUUUCUUCCACAUUUCAUCAACCAAACUGAUAAGAUUAACUCAAAAUACUUAAAAGACAAAAAGUAAAUUACAGGUACCAGAGACAUUCGGGCUUAUGCUGGGAAUAAUCUGAUAAAUGGAUAUAGUUUGUUUUUAGGUAGAAUUUAGUGAUGAUUCAUUUAACUUGUAUUUUUUAUUAGGUUUUCAAAUUUAAAUUUGAAGACUUUGUAUCCAGAGGCUCAAUAACUAGAUAUAAUCAGACUUUUAUGAGAUGAAUUUUGACUUAUUUGAUAUUUAGUGUGGGCAUUUUACAAGUACUAGAUUUUAUUUUUUUAAUACCCGUAAUAAUACUAAUGGCUAACAUCUAUUGGGCACUUACUGUGUGCUGUGCAGUAAAAGUGCUUUUACAUGCAUAAUCUCAAUUUAAAUAUUCCCUAAGAAGUAUGGAAUAUUAUUUAUGUCUAUUUCACAAGUGAGAUAAUGAAGUUUGGAGGUUAAGUAACUUGCCUGAUAAGCUAGGAAAUCAUAGAGGCAAUUUCCAGCCAGACAGACCACUGACUCCAGUUCAUGCUCUUAACGCUUUUGCUUAUUAACUUUGUUAAGUCGUACCUCUAAUCUUAGUAAGAUCAUGCUAAAAAUAUUUUGAAGAGUAAAUCAGUAUUUUCUUCACCUCCAUUGUUGCUUUAAAAAUACCAUUAAAAAACAAAAUUAGUAUGCUCAUUGUUCAUAAAAGACAAAAAAGUGACUUUAAAAGUUUUUAUAUAUCCAGGGCUUCUCUUGGACAAUAACAUUAUAAAUAGACUUCUAAUUAAAAAUUAUUUAUUUUAUCAAAUAUGAUUUGACUUUGGUUGGCCUUUUAUAGUUUACCUAAAACCAGGUAAUUUUAAAAUUUUUCUCAGUUCUGUGAUCCAGAAGUUUACCAUUUUGAGCAAAUAAGAAUAGAAUUCGCAUCUAUAUGUGGUAGUUUAGUCAUUUAAUAGGAUAUUGCAGAAGUAGAAUACUUUGUCAGUACUUAGCCAUUUGUUAUCAUUUUGGAUGAAUCUUCAGUGAUUUAAGAGAAACCAACUCAAGUUUCUGUGUGUUUAAUUACAGUGAAUAUAAUUGCUAGUAGAAUAAAUAAACUGGUAAUUUGGUUUGAAAAAGACCAUAUUUUUGCACAGCUUUUCCCAGCUCCGUUUUCGGUGGCAUGUUAAUAACUUAAAAUGGCCAUGAUAGGAUUACUUACGCUGUGGAAGUAGGCAAAUGCAAUAAAUCGGCAUUUUCCAUGUUGGAGAGCCAGUUAACCAAGCAUAUCACCAAUUUCAAACACACAGAAUACUAAAUUCUCCUACACCCAUCAACAUAGUUGACCAUGAACAACCUGGGUUUGCACUGCAGGUGUCCACUUAAACAUAGAAUUUUUUCAAUAAAGACAACAUUAAAUAUUUUAUGAUUUUAUCAAUACAAAUGUAUGUUGAUUAACUUAUUGGUAAGGCUUUUGAUCAACAGUAUGCUAUUUAUUAGGUUUUGAGGUAAUCAAAAGUUAACACAGAUUUCAAGUGCACAGCAGUCAGCGCCCCUGACCCUGGCAUAGUUCAAGGGUCAGCUGUAUCAGCCAGUUUUGCCUCCUCUCUCCUAUUCCCAGAUCUACUAGGAGCAAUACUUACUGGUUCUUUAGUUUAAUACCCAGCAGCAUUUUAAUUGUCUUAUAGCCAAACAGUUUUGUCAGAAUGUAUCUGAAAAAUAAUAGUUCAUGUCUAGGAAGUGAAAAUAAUCCCACAAACCAAGAGAUGGUUAACAAUCUUUGGGAGUGUACCUUUAUCACUUACUGAUAAUAUUGUCUAGCUGUUGUUUCACAGAUCAUCUAUUAAGCAGUGACUGUCACCUCCAUCUUUACAUUAAAUGCUAGUUAUUCAUGAGCUGCAUUAGAUACUAUAUUUUUAUGAUUUAUAAUUAUGAAUUAACUAUAUCAUUUAUUUUCAAAACCCUAAUAAAUCUAUUUUGGAGGUAAGAAAUGGAGACCUAUAGGCUAAGUAACUAGUCGAGUUGCCUGGGUUUUUGUUUUUUUUUGUUUGUUUGUUUUUUGUUUUUUUUUUACAAGGAAGCUGAAAGAGGUUUUUACAUUUUUAAAGGUGGUCACAUUUUAAAUGAUUACAUAAGUACCUAUGUAAUAGCCUUGAUUUUCUCAGCACACAAAUUAUAAAAAUAUUUACUUUUUAGCCAUUUAAGGAAAAGUUUGCCAACCUAAGUCUGGUCUAAAAGAAAGUUUACAUUGCUGAAAGUAUUAUAUGUAGUAAUCCUUUUGUCUUAAGAGUUCAUUCAUUUGAGAGAGGCAGAGAAUGAGCAGGGAGAAGGAGCAGAGGGAGAGAAAAAGAGAAGCAGACUCUGCACUGAACAGGGUGCCCGACACGGCCUGAAUCCCAGGACCUGGAGAUCAUGACCUGAGCUGAAGGCAGAUGUCUAACCAGCUGAGCCACCCAGGUGCCCCAGAGCAUACAUUUUAUAUCAACACUAUUUGCUGACUGCUUUAUGUAUCAGGCACUGUUUUCACUCUAUAGAUAGGGCAAUUAAUCUCAAGUGAGCUGCUAUUGUAAACAAGAGAAGUACUUUAACCCUGUUUUAUUUUUUUCCUCCCAGCUACAACACUGCAGUUAAAUACUGAGAAAAUAAAAAUGCAAUGAUACCUUCAGUGUCUUAAUUCAUUUAGGGUUUUAAAACAUUUUGCAUAUUUUAUUUAAAAAGUACUGAAGUAAUUUUAUCACUUAGGACUAUUCUCAGGAAGCAGUAUUUUGUUAAGAACAGAAUCAUGAAUAACAAAGUCAAAAAGCUUUCUAGAAAGCCUUUAUUUUUCUGUUAUGAAUAAUUUUCUUGUGGUUAUCCCAAAUGAUUUUAUAAAUUUCAUAAUUUUUAUAUGCCUAACUGGUAUCGAUGAAAUGUCAAAAGUACAAUCCUCAUCCGAAGAAACAAAAGAACUGGACAUACUGAAAGGCUCCGAUUAAAUUGAUUAUUUUAAGGAAUAAAAGUAACUAUAUCCUCUUUCAUUAAUUAGAUGGUGGUUUGGUACAAUUUUUAUACUUUUAAUGAUUUAGGGUUUUUCAUGAUAAUUUCUUAGGCAACAUUCCACCAAGUUACAGCUUUCCAAAAGUUGUAGUACUGUGUAUAAUGCUUUAGUAUGAUAGCACUUUUCAUUUUUAAACCAGAUUCAGGCUGAAUGUAGCUUUCUUUUUGAAUCUAAAAUUUAUGCUAAAUUUGAAUCUAAAAUUUAAGACAGUGUCCCUAGUGUCCCAUUACCUUUAAUCAAAAGUAGUAACACUUGUUGAAUAGUAAAUUAUGUGUCAAGUCAUGUGUAAAGUCAUGAAACUUAAGGUUGUAGUAAAAGUGAAAAAAGUAAGGGAAAAAAAAAAACCCUUGUCUUUUUGAUUAAGGCUUUAUGGAAUAGAAUUUCUGUUUAAUUAGAAUGACUAAAGACCCUUUUUUGGCAAUGAAAGCAAAAGAAGCAAGUAGAAUUGUUAGAUCUGUUUUUGUCAUCUACUUAUAUUGCAACCUCAACUAGGUAUAGUGCAGUAAUAUGAAAUACUUUUGAAAUACAUAAUUUUUUUAAAAUGGAACCUAUAGAAAAAUCACAUGCUGUUAGAUAGGAUGUUGAAAUGACUGCUGUGUAAUAUUUUUUAAAACUUUCAAUUUUGGUCGGCAUACAUUUUCUUUAAUUUUCAUUUCCAGUAGGAUUUCAUUUUGAGGUUUAACAUGUUUGAAGCCAGUAUAAAGUUUUACAAUGUAGUAAUUCUGGAUUCCAAGUCAUUUAAGAUGAAAAUUGAAAUGUGAAGUUUACUUAAGAAAAUUAAUUUUCUUCUGUAACAUCCAAGUCUUCAUCCUCUUCAUCAUCAUCCUCUGCUUGUUGAUCCUUUCUUAGUUGACAGGUGGAUACCUGUUAAAAAUUAGCACAUUAAAAAAAUACUAACUUAA